UGUCUGAAUACAAUACAGAAAGAAAAAAAAAUAGAAACUAGUUUUCAUUUUUGUUUGUUCAACACACAAUUCGUUUGCCAUUCGAUGCCUCAAUCUGCGGCUAUAAAAGGCUACAGACUGCGACGUCUGCCACAUCGUCGCUUUCUUGUGCGCCACAUGCUGUUGAACAUUUUGCAAUUGUUGCUGCAAUCGAAGCGUCCGAUGCGCGACAUUGAAAUCAUCUCAUCGCUCUGUCGUCAAUAUGAACGCUUCGAUCCCGCAUUUCAACAUCAGGUGCGCAUCAAUCUGUUGGAUGCCGUUGACUAUGGCCUGGUGAAGCGAUACCAAUUGGAUGUGUUCGCGUUGCGUGCGAAGCGUUUUGCCCAGAUCAUCGAGCAACUCAAAUUUCCAUAAAAUGUGAACUCAAAUCAACAAAUACAACAAUAUUAUGUA